CGUCACUGGGCCGCGCCGCGUCCAGCCUUGCGUCCAGCACGGCCACAUAAAAGCAGCGCCGCCCCGGAGGAGGCAUCACAACCCAGCAGCGUCUUGCCCUCGACGGACUCGCACAGCAGCAAGCACAGCAUCACCAUGAUGUACUCCGCCGUCUUGGUCUUCCUCCUCCUCGCCUUCACCAUGGCCCUCGCCCUGCCCGGCUACGGCUACGGCGGCGGCUACGGACACCACGGCGGCUAUGGCCACGGCGGCUACGGCCACGGCGGCUAUGGCCACGGCUACGGCCACGGAGGCUACGGCCACCACCACGGCUACGGCCAUGGAGGCUACGGUCACGGCGGCUACGGCCACCACCACGGCUACCACGGCUAGGACACCGUCCCCGUCGACCUCAUCAAGCACCUCAUCGCACCACGUCGUCUCGAAGUACCUGCUUAAAUCGCCCAUCAGUCAUCCACCCAACAUUAGUCAUUUGUUAAUUUUAAAUAAUUAGUAAUAAAAAAAAUUUAACCCUA